CGCACGAUGGGUCUUGCUGGAAGUGCACGAAAUGUACCGAGAUACAUUACUUGUCGCUCAGUUUAUUAGCUAUUUAAUAAAUCAUUUUCACAAAAUAAACGAGGACACGUUGGAUUCAACCGGUGUAACGCAUCACCGCGUUACUCCUCGAAGGAAGAACUAAUAUUUCAUAAUCGUUAUUUCUGUCCGGAAUAUUGUCGUGUGACACAUGACAACAAAAAUACGGAAGAAGCAAGAAUCAGCUGACACAUUUCACGCACAACUGCAUUGUGUCGUUAUCAGUUUCUGACAUAAAGCAGCCCGGCAUUAUGGAGGACCAGGAGAUGCAACUAAAAGUUAGACGAGGUAUUUCUCUGCAUUUGUCUGUACUUCUUUGAUUCUACAGUGACUGACAAAUUCACGGAGAGCAUGUACGUGCUAGCUAACGAGCCGUCAGUGGCUCUCUACCGACUGCAGGAACACGUCAGAAGAUCCCUGCCUGAACUGGUGCAACACAAGACAGACAUGCAGAGUUGGGAGGAGCAGAGUCAAGGAGCCAUCUACAGUGUAGAGUAUGCAUGCAGUGCCGUGAAGAGCAUGACGAACAGCAGCUUGUAUUUCAAAAACAUUGACGGCCUCCUCCGUCAAGCCAUCAGCAUGAAGGAACAGAUUAGCAACUCUCAAGGACGCAGCUUACAUGAUGUGACCCCCUCACCCAGUCCCCUUGUCUCUGCUCCACAUGCCCCAUCCACUUCCUCAUUACCUCUGGACUGAGGUGUCCAAGGAAAAGGACCAUGGACUCAGGCAUGCUAAAGGAAGGGGGAGAAAAGCACGGCUCCGGGAUGUGACGUGACUUCCUGAGUUGUUGGUGUUGCUUCUACAGUCCAUUGCUCUAUUACCUCUUGAUUGAGGCUGAAGUAGGGUCAUAAGGGCGACACCUCAUCACAAUGGAGGGACUGCCUCCAGUAACCCCCCCCCCCCCCAGUACAAGCCGCUCAGUGGAACAGAGCACUGCCAGGUUCAGCAUUAAAAACACUUAAGUCAUGGACGCUGCUCAAAGAAUGCAUUGUUCUCAUGGACUCGCUGGACGGGCCAGAGAGAAAGCAGCCGUGCUGCUUUUGCCUCUGCUGUUGAAAAUCCACUGCACCGCCAAUGUUUUGGACACUAGUUUCCAAGUCUUUGUGAAUUUGUUGUUGAAGGCUAAAGACUAAAAGAGUACCCUGCAUGCAAAUUAUAAAAGCUCAACACACUUACACAAGGGAAACCUACAAAAAUGUGCUAGAAGGCAGUAACCGAUGCCCAGUUCUACUUUAUUUCAGGAUUAAAUAUAUGACAAAUGCCAGAUUGGGCAACAUGUUCUUACAGAGCAAAUCCAGAAUCUUAACCAAAAAAAAUGAAAAUCUAGUUUUUCAUUCUUACCUGCCAAGUAGACAGAAACCCCCAGGCAAAACAGUCCGAUAGCCACGUGUCGUACAGCUCUGCUAUCCAAGAGGAACCAGUCUGCUCUAUUGAAACCGAUGUCAUAUGGUUAAUGUCAGGCAUGUUUACACUUUUAACAUUGCUACUUUGUUUUUUUUCUCAUCAGUGCAUAAAUGAAGAUGAUUUAAUGCAACAA